UUGGUCUGGUUGCAGGCGCUUCUUUCAGACGCGGACUAAGCGGCUCGGGGUGUGCCGCGGCUUCAAGCAGCGGCUGAGGCGGAGGGAGACAUAUCACAGGACGAUGCGCUUUGGCUCUUCAGCUGGCAGGCUGCUUUGACGGAAUUGACCUUCUGUGUGAAGGGGUCUCUUUUCCGCCUUCUCCUUCCUACAUCGUCGUUCUCCAUCUCUCCUGGCUGACUGAGAAAGCAAACGCCGUUUGAACGACUGCAGAGACACCGACUGACUGCGCCAAAAUGGGGUACGGACGGUCGGACAGCUACCGUGUGGCAACCACACAAGACAAUGAUGAGAAGGAAUCUCCCAAAAAGAAAGGAGGGAAGGAUCUGGAUGACCUGAAGAAGGAAGUACCACUGACAGAACAUAAGAUGUCAAUUGAGGAAGUGUGCCGAAAAUACAACACUGACAUUGUACAGGGUCUGACUAACGCUAGGGCAGCCGAGUACCUGGCCCGGGACGGUCCAAAUGCGCUGACCCCUCCCCCCACCACCCCAGAGUGGGUGAAGUUCUGCCGGCAACUCUUCGGGGGUUUCUCCAUCCUACUGUGGAUUGGAGCCAUCCUGUGCUUCCUGGCCUAUGCCAUCCAGGCUGCCACCGAAGACGAGCCAGCCGGAGACAACUUGUACCUGGGUAUCGUGCUGUCUGCAGUGGUCAUCAUUACCGGCUGCUUCUCCUACUUUCAGGAAGCUAAAAGCUCAAAGAUCAUGGAGUCCUUUAAGAACAUGGUGCCCCAGCAAGCGUUGGUGAUCCGUGAGGGUGAGAAGCUACAGAUUAAUGCUGAGGAGGUGGUAGCUGGAGAUUUGGUGGAGGUGAAAGGAGGAGAUAGGAUCCCUGCUGACCUUAGGAUCAUCUCCGCUCAUGGCUGCAAGGUGGACAACUCCUCUCUGACUGGUGAGUCAGAGCCUCAGACCAGAUCACCUGACUGCACCCAUGAUAACCCCUUGGAAACCCGCAACAUUGCCUUUUUCUCGACCAACUGUGUUGAAGGUACGGCUCGUGGUAUUGUUGUGUGCACAGGAGACCGCACUGUCAUGGGCCGCAUCGCUACUUUGACCUCUGGCCUUGAGACUGGCAAAACACCUAUUGCCAAGGAGAUUGAGCACUUCAUCCACAUCAUCACUGGUGUGGCAGUCUUUCUGGGCGUCACCUUCUUCAUCCUGUCCAUCAUCCUGGGCUACAGCUGGCUAGAGGCUGUCAUCUUCCUGAUUGGCAUUAUUGUGGCAAAUGUGCCUGAAGGUCUGCUGGCUACCGUCACUGUGUGUCUGACCCUUACAGCUAAGCGCAUGGCUCGUAAGAACUGUCUGGUGAAGAACCUUGAGGCUGUAGAGACUCUGGGUUCUACCUCCACCAUCUGCUCUGACAAGACUGGCACUCUAACGCAGAACCGUAUGACUGUCGCCCACAUGUGGUUUGACAAUCAAAUCCAUGAGGCAGACACCACUGAGGACCAGUCUGGGACAUCUUUUGAUAAGACAUCAGUGACAUGGGUAUCACUAGCCCGUGUGGCAGCGCUCUGUAAUAGAGCAGUGUUUAAGGCAGGGCAGGAAUCUCUACCAAUCCUGAAGCGAGAUGUGGCUGGUGAUGCCUCUGAGUCAGCCCUGCUGAAGUGUAUUGAGCUCUCAUGUGGCUCAGUCAAAGCCAUGAGGGACAAGAAUAAGAAGGUGGCAGAGAUUCCCUUCAACUCCACCAAUAAGUAUCAGCUUUCAGUUCAUGAGACUGAAGAGCCCAGUGAUAACCACUACCUGCUGGUGAUGAAGGGGGCACCAGAACGUAUACUUGACCGCUGCUCCACCAUCAUGGUGCAGGGCAAGGAACAGCCCAUGGAUGAGGAGAUGAAGGAGGCUUUCCAGAAUGCUUACCUGGAGCUGGGAGGACUGGGAGAGAGAGUGUUGGGUUUCUGCCAUUUGUUUUUGCCUGAGGACCAGUACCCCAAAGGCUUUGCCUUUGAUACAGAUGAUGUCAACUUCCAAACAGAUAACCUCUGCUUUAUUGGGCUGAUGUCCAUGAUUGACCCACCCCGCGCUGCAGUACCUGAUGCUGUGGGCAAAUGCCGUUCAGCUGGCAUUAAGGUCAUCAUGGUGACAGGUGACCACCCAAUCACAGCCAAGGCCAUUGCCAAGGGGGUGGGCAUCAUCUCUGAGGGCAAUGAGACAGUAGAGGAUAUCGCUGCUCGUCUUAAUAUCCCUGUUAGCCAGGUUAACCCCAGGGACGCCAAAGCUUGUGUAAUACAUGGCUCAGAUCUUAAGGAUAUGAGCCAGGAGCAGAUGGACGAUGUGCUGAAGAACCACACAGAGAUUGUCUUUGCCCGAACCUCACCACAGCAGAAGCUCAUCAUUGUAGAGGGCUGCCAGAGACAGGGUGCCAUUGUGGCUGUGACUGGUGAUGGUGUGAACGAUUCACCAGCUCUAAAGAAGGCCGAUAUUGGUGUUGCCAUGGGAAUCUCUGGCUCAGAUGUUUCCAAGCAGGCAGCUGACAUGAUCCUUCUGGAUGACAACUUUGCCUCUAUCGUCACUGGAGUGGAAGAAGGGCGUCUGAUUUUUGACAACCUGAAGAAAUCUAUUGCCUACACCCUGACCAGCAACAUCCCUGAAAUCACUCCCUUCCUGUUCUUCAUCAUGGUCAACAUUCCUCUUCCCCUUGGAACCAUUACCAUUCUCUGCAUCGACCUGGGUACUGACAUGGUGCCUGCUAUCUCCUUGGCUUAUGAAGCAGCAGAGAGUGACAUCAUGAAGCGUCAGCCUCGUAACCCUCUGAGGGACAAACUGGUCAAUGAGCGUCUCAUCAGCAUUGCUUAUGGACAGAUCGGUAUGAUUCAGGCUCUGGGAGGCUUCUUUGCCUACUUUGUGAUCAUGGCUGAGAAUGGGUUUCUGCCCUCAGUCUUGGUGGGGAUCCGACUCAACUGGGACGACCGCUCAAACAAUGAUCUGGAGGACAGUUAUGGCCAGCAGUGGACCUAUGAGCAGAGGAAGAUUGUGGAGUUCACCUGUCACACAGCCUUCUUUGUAAGCAUUGUGGUGGUGCAGUGGGCUGACGUCAUCAUUUGCAAGACCAGACGCAACUCUGUGUUCCAGCAGGGCAUGAAAAAUAAGAUCCUGAUCUUUGGUCUAUUUGAGGAAACAGCUCUGGCUGCCUUCCUCUCUUAUUGCCCAGGCAUGGAUGUGGCUCUUAGGAUGUACCCACUCAAGCCCAGCUGGUGGUUCUGUGCAUUCCCAUACAGUUUCCUAAUCUUUGUUUAUGAUGAGAUCCGAAAACUCAUCCUGCGCCGCAAUCCUGGAGGUUGGGUUGAAAAGGAAACCUACUAUUAAAUUAUCAGUUCAUUCUUUACUCUUCAUUCAGUCCCUGUUUCCUGCACUUCCCAUCCCUGUCUCUCUUCUGUCUCUCUCUCCCUCCUUCACCUUCUUCUUAUUCCCUCUCAUUCUAUACAACUAUAAGAUAACCCACAAAAAGGAGCAUCUUUCCCCAUGAUACAUUCCUUCAUCAAAAUCUAAAAUGAAUCAAACAGAAAAUGUCAAGAGGAUGCGAGGACCAACCGCGGAGGAGUCCACCCUCCUUUCUCUCCAACUGCCUUUUUUUUAUCUUUUCUGACCCAAAGACUACAGCUUAGUCUGCCAAUAUCUUUAUUGUGCUGGUUAUCAAGAUUGUUCAAUACACUGCCAAUAUUGUAAUGGACACUAAUGUCACUUAACGAAGCUGUAGCUAGCAGCUGCACUUAAAUUCAGUCGCUACCAACAAGGACACCAAGCUUGCUGUGAACACACUGCCACUUUGGUUCUCUCCCUCAGAGUCAUUGUUUGCCAUUCCCUGUCUUUUCACUCCUCUUCCUCUGUCUAUCUGUAGUGCUCCUCUCGGUGUGUAAAGAGUAUUGUAAAGGAUUGAUGCUACAGCUCUGCCAUUCACAGUCAACUCACUCUCCCCCUUUACAGGGAAAAAAAGGAAUAAGAUCCACUUAUCUCUAGUCCCUUUCUCUCCCUUCAUUACACCUGCAUUCCUGUCUCUCUCUCUCUCUCUCUUUCUGUCUCUCUAUCUCUCUCUCUCGUCUCCUAUUUCUGGUACUGUGUUUUUUGUUUGUUUUUUGAUAGACAAUACAGUGUUUUUUUUUUUUUAAGACAACAAUUGUUAAAAUUAUUUGACAUGUUUCAUUUUUAUGACUGGGUCUGAGAGCUGCUUGGUUUCAUGUUUUCCUUUUUUAUUCUGACAUGACAAAGCACACUGCCACUGUCACUAUCUCUUUCUUGUGCUCUCAUUCCUUAUUUCCCUCCUUUUUCUCCUGCACUGCCCUCUCCUCCCUCCUCCCUAUUUCCCCAUUUCUGUCCGUCUGUCUGUCCGUCUGUUUGUGAAUUCCGUGAACAAACCUUCUUCCCUUAUCCUGCACCUCUUCCUCUUCUCCUCCCUCUUCCCCUGUUCAGAAAAAGAAAAUACAAUCUUUCUGUGUCCUAGGAAAAAGAGAUUUCUCUCUGAUUUCAUUAUUUAAAUAAGUGAGGAAAAUAGAAAAAAAACAGAAUAAGGUGAUGUACCUUACGUGCGAAACAGCAGCAAGAAAAUGAAAUAAAAAAGAAGGAUCUCUUUUUUCA